ACGAGUGGGGGGAAGAUGCACGCUCCAGUCCAGAAAAGCGGAUCUCUUCCACCGAGUCGUCACUGUUGCAGACAGAUAGGGGAGCGAAUCUGACGUGGCGGUGUGAGCCUUUUUGAGCCACUUCUUCAGGGCUUCAUCUGGUCUGUUUGGCCUUCCAAACCCAAUUCAACAGACUUGUCCGCAACGCAAUUUCGACAGAGCAACCUUUAGUGACGACCAGACGAGAACACGUCGCCGCCAUGGCUCUCAGAGUGUUCGCGUCCCAGGCCGCCACAUCCUUGAGGGUCCGUUGCCUUCCAGCGACAGACAGCCUCAUCGUGCCGUUCUGGCGAUCCUUCGCUUCCGCUCCGGAGAACCGGAAGUACUUGAAAUCACAUGAAUGGGUUGAAGUAAACGGCGAGGUCGGAACAGUCGGCAUCUCAGAUUUCGCCCAAAAUGAGCUGGGCGAGCUGGUCUUCGUGGACAUGCCAGAUGCGGGCUCGCAAGUCACGAAAGGCCAAACGUUCGGCGUGGUGGAGAGCGUGAAGGCCGCCAGUGACGUGUACUCGCCCAUUACCGGAGAGGUCGUCGAGACGAACGCGGAGCUCAGCAGCAACCCUGCCCUGGUGAAUUCCGCUCCCUUCUCUGAUGGCUGGAUCAUGAAGGUGAAGAUUGCCAACCCUUCAGAACUUGAGGACUUGCUUGAUGAAGCAUCUUACAACAAGCGCUGCGAGGCCUCAGCGCACUGAGGACCUAAAACAUGUGAAAGGGUUCUCGGAGUAGCCUCUGCAGACAGUGUUAUAGUAAUCUCCACCCACAUGUUCAAAAUAUGUCCUCCAUGAUGUGAUCUGCAAAGUUUUGUUUCUAGUUCGUCUUGUGCCAGCUAGGCUCAAUGCUGCAUGCCAUUGCAUAUCGUGCUCACAUGAGAAGCUAAAAUCGGGGAAUUGCACUUCCGAGUAUGUUUGUUGGGCAUGUUGUAUCAUUGCGUUUCAUGCCAUGUCUAUGAGUCAG